GUUUAUUUUAGCACCGCCCGCCAGAUCCAUUCAAGAUGGCAGCCAAGAGCGAUCUAAGGUGGCCGCGGCUGUUAUUGUGGAGGUUGUGGCAGGCCGGAGGAUCUCCACAAAACUGGGUAUCGGGCCUGGGCCUAAAAGCGAGGACUUACUCCCGGGGCGACGGCCCGUACUCGCGCACGGCGCUCUAUGAGCUGCUCGGCGUCCCCUCCACAGCCACGCAGGCGCAAAUCAAGGCGGCCUACUACCGGCAGAGCUUUCUCUACCACCCAGACCGCAACUCGGGGAGCGCCGAGGCUGCCGAGCGCUUUACGCUCAUCUCCCAGGCAUACGUAGUGCUGGGCAGUGCCACCCUGCGCCGCAAGUACGACCGCGGCCUCCUCAGCGAAGCAGACCUGCGCGGACCUGGCGUCCGGCCUUCCAGGACGCCCGCAGCGGACCCCAGUGCGCCCCGCGCCCCGCCGCCUGCCUCUUGGACCCACCGCCGUGGUCAAGCCGCGCCGGGCGCCAACCGCACCAUGUUCGACUUUGACGCCUUCUACCAGGCGCACUAUGGAGAGCAGCUAGAGCGCGAACGGCGCCAGAGGGCCCGGCGUGAGGCCCUUCGCAAGCAGCAAGAGGACCGGGCUAAGAAGGGCUUCCGCUGGGACGAGACCCGAGACACGACUUUCAUCAUCUUUCUCCUCACAGUCUUCAUCAUUUUGGGCUUUCGUUUUUAAUCGUAGAGAGAAGGGAAUGGAAGCAGCCCCUAGUCAAUCCCCAGAAAAAGGCCUUUCCUGUCAUGAACACUUCGCCUUCCAGAGUCUACCUCCGCUGGGGUCUGAAAGAACCGCUUUCCGCCCCCUCUUCUUUCCUUCCGGCCCAGCUUAGCUGUUGACCUGCACGUCCCUCUCCCUAUGUCCAGAAAAGGAGGCUUUUCGAUGCCCAAGAAAGAGGUCUCAAAACGAAGAGCCGUGAAAGUCCGAGAGAAGGGUUUUCUGGAGUUCUUUGAGUGCCUGCUUCCAGAGGUUGCCUUACUGAUGUCAAUUUCUGGAACACUUGCCCUGGCUUUAUUGUAAAGCUCUGAGCAAGAAUUGCUUGAUCCUACCUCAUGUUCGUACCUUGGGGCUCCUCUGUAACCUUGAAACGUGCAAUGUGACCAAUUGUUGGCUGCCAAAGGAAAAAUUCUGAACUUAUACAAACCUUGUCUUUCUGUGAGUGCCCCAAGCCACAGGUGAGACCUGAUGUAAGCUAACCAUGUGAUAUGUAGAAACCUUGCCAUUCUGUAGUCAGCAAACCUCACUCUCCCUUCUGUUGGUGGCAUGUGUAAGUGGGAAAGCAAGGUCAUUGAGCAUAAGGAAUGAGUGUUCCUUUGCCCAUACUUAUCUAAUGUAUAAUCUUGGAGAAGUUACUCCGUGGGAAUGACAACAGAAAGCAAAUGAUUUGCUCUCUUGAGAUCUGCCACACUUUAUUAUCCAUAGUUCUAAUGGGCUCAGUGACUAAAACAUGAUGGUAGUAAAGUUUGUCUUUGGGACAGUGUGCCUUGUCACCUGGUCAUCCCUUUACCAGCUAGCCUCAUUGCUAACUGUGCAGCCCAUCCCCUCCCAGAAAUAGAGCAACAAACGGAGUUUGAGUCAUCUGAGUGUGACCCAUUCUAUUUAGCUUACAGUGCUUACUGCAGGCUCCACAAGCCAAAUCCUUGAAACAUGGCUGCUCGAAGCUGGGAAAUUUUGAGAGUUUGGAGUUGGUGAGACUACUGAAGGACUGAAGGCAUGUGGUGGGAACGGUUCCCUGUUCAGACAAAGCUGAAGCUUUUUUUCUUUUUCUAAUUUAUGCUAAGCAGUUGGUCAGUCAUCACUUGGCUAGAGCAGUAGUAGUCAGGCUCUCUUAACCCUGAGUUAGCCCUUAUGUACAUGGGGUGGGGGGUGGGGGGCUAUGAGAUUGUAGGUGCUCUGCUAAAGCUGUGUGAUAGGAAAACCUUUGCAAGCGAUCUACCACAAGGGUUGCGGGCCUAAAUCUAAAAUCUAACCAAAGCCAGUGGGGCUCUGGUAUAUUACUACCAAUUCCUGCACUCAUAUUCUUGCAUGAAAUCCUUGUAUAAAUUGGGAUAAACCUACAGCUAGUUCAUCUUGGUGUCUUGAAAAUCAUUCAAUUCUCUCUAGCCUUGGAGGUGGGGGGCAAGCUCUUAUCAUGGCUUUGUAGUGACUAUAUGAUUCCGUAGUAAAAAUUUGAGCCCACCCUGGUUCAGACUAGCUAUGCUCAGUCAGCCUUGAUUUAAGAAGGGGGGAUGCACAUGUACUUUGAAAAAGAACAUUUAAUGUUAAUAUGUUUCAUAUUUGAAAAAUGAGGGACAGUCUGUUCUUUUUGAAAUACAAACUACAGGAAAUGAAGCAUAGGAAAAUGUACAGAAACUAGUGAUUCUCAACCAAAGGAUAAACCCACAGCUAGUUCAGGUUGGUCUCUUGGAAACCAUUCGAUUCUAAUAUUGGAGGUGAGAGGCAAGCUCUUAGUCAUGGUUUUGCAGUGACCACAGGAUUCAGCAGCAAAUAGUUGAGCCCACCCUGGUUCAGGCCAGCUGUGCUCAGUGGGGGGGAGCAGAGGGAGAGAGUAUGUACUUUGAAAAAGAACAUUUAAUGUUACUAUGUUUCAUAUUUGAAAAAAAAUAGAGAAGGUCUGUUCUUUUUUAAAUUACAAACUAAGAAGCAUAGUAAAAUGUGCAGAAACUAGUGAUUCUCAACCAAGCAGUUAGGGCAUAACAGUGUCCUUGGAGGCAAAAGUCUCGCAGAUUUCUAUCAAAAGGGUUUGGGGUUCUUUUGGGUUUUUCUUGUAAAAGCACUGGUGAUCUAUAAUAGCUGGGAUCUUUUUGCUCCUUGACAUAGACCUUUCAAGUUUGUUUUCUCUAUGUGAAGAUUAUAGCCAAGAACGUUUACUGGGGCCCCAGAACAUGGAAAUAGAAAGUUCCAGAAGGUUUCUGGUGUAUGGGGCGGGGGAGGGGGGCGGUAUCCAGACUAUGUGAAACUUCUGGAACAUUCCAGAACAUUCCAUAUAACUCUAAGCAGGGUAGUAAGUAAAAUUUAUUAACCAUCUAAAUCAGCUUCUUAGGCCUAGAACUAGGCCCACUGUAAUAGUGCCAUUCUCCCUGCCUCAGGUGUUUGUUUAUUGUUUUUUUUUUUUUAGCUAGAUCUGAACUCUCAGACACCCCCACUCCCAACCUUCUCUAUACUGGAGUCUGGUCUUUUUAUGUAAGGGGAGGCAUGUAGGAGACUUUCUGUAGGACUGCCCACUCCCCCCCAACUGGUCCCCAUGGUAACAUAUCUUCCUUCCAACCCUGGGGAGGAGAGGCUGAACCUGGCCAUGGACAUUAGUCCCUGCCUUCUAGCAGCUGUUCCCCAAUUCUUGAUGGUGGAAGAAGGCUCAGACACACUCAACUUUAGUCCCUUUCAACAGAUAGACAGGAGGGGUCCAGCCUGCCCCAUGCUGUGCUCAUUGGGGUAGGGAUAGGUGUGCAAGUACAAUACAAGGCUGAAUGAGCAGCACACACAGGUCCUAAAUGAGGAGGCAUAGACAAGACAGGAACAAAGUUGUAUGUGUCUAGGCAAUUGUCUUUGGACUUGACCAGGACUUUAUUUCUCCUGAGCCAAACUUCUUUUCCCUCUGUUGCCCUUUAUUGCUGAGUGAAAUCCUGUACAGAUCCCAGCGCUGAGAGAGUAGGAUUUCCUGCUUCCUUCUGAAGAGGCAUUUUGGUCAUAGGAUGUACCUUGUUCACUGUAUUGUUUCCAGCUUGAGACAAAUAAGAGUAGCCUACUUUAGGCCAA